UGGCAUUCAACUUGUGCAGGAAUGGUUUCAGAAACGUGGAGAACAAAACGUAUCCAGAAUAUUUCCUAUUUUCUCAUCAUUUCUUGGGAGGUGGUAUACAGGGUUCUGACGUGAAUGGCACAGCCCAGCCCCUGCUAUAAUGUGAGGGGGAAAGUCCAGACGAAGAGAAAUAGGCAGCAGAGUGGAUCAGAGCGGUCGGUGCGCACCAGGAGAGACUCCAAGACGCGCAGCGGCAAGUCUGAUGAGUGCUGUACAGAGAACUUGGUAGCUUUGGAACAUUUGCCAUAAGACAUAUUACUAAUGUGAGAUAUAAGAAUAAAGCAGGGGAUUUACCGAAACCUUGAGAUUAAGACACAAGAAAGCAGAAACAGUGUCUACAGGACGCAACCGGACCACAAAUCCUUGCUCUUGAAACUGUGUAAUGACGCAUCAGCAGGACACAGACCGCCAAUAGGUCAUUUAGGCAAAGUUUAAAGUACAUCAUAAGGGGGGGGGAAAUAAAAAAUGAACUCGUCCGACUCUAUUUGGCUCUUGGAUGAGUCGUGGAACCUCAGCAGAGCGGAGGAAGAGGACCAGAAACUUUUAUUCGGGAUCGGCACGGAUAAUUUCAUCACCCUGCUGGUUUUCGGGCUCAUCUUUACGCUCGGUGUGCUGGGCAACUCCAUGGUGAUCACCGUGCUGGCCCGGAGCAAACCGGGGAAACCACGGAGCACCACCAACAUAUUCAUCCUCAACCUGAGCAUUGCAGACCUUUCCUACCUGCUCUUCUGCAUUCCUUUCCAAUCCACCAUCUACAUGAUGCCGACGUGGGUCCUGGGCGCCUUCAUCUGCAAAUUCAUCCACUAUUUCUUCACUGUGUCCAUGCUGGUGAGCAUCUUCACUCUGUCUGCCAUGUCCGUGGACCGAUACAUAGCCAUCGUCCACUCCAGAAAGUCCUCCUCUAUCCGGGUGGCAAAGCAUGCUUUCAUAGGAGUGGUGGUGAUUUGGAUACUCUCUCUGGCCAUGGCUGCGCCUAUCAUGUAUUACCAGAACAUUUUUCACAGAGGAGAGAAUCACACCUUUUGCUGGGAAGUGUGGCCAGAUCAAAACCAGAAGAAAGUCUAUGUGGUUUGCACGUUUGUUUUUGGCUAUGUGCUGCCUCUGCUGCUGAUCACCUUCUGCUAUGCAAAGGUUUUAAAUCAUUUGCACAAAAAACUAAGAAACAUGUCCAAAAAGUCAGAGGCAUCAAAGAAAAAGACUGCUCAGACGGUCCUGGUGGUGGUGGUGGUGUUCUGCCUCUCUUGGCUCCCUCAUCACGUGGUACACCUCUGGGUAGAGUUCGGGACCUUCCCGCUGAACCAGGCCUCCUUCGUGUUCAGGGUUGCCGCCCACUGCCUGGCCUACAGCAACUCAUCUGUCAACCCAGUCAUCUAUGCUUUCCUGUCAGAGAACUUCAGGAAGGCUUACAAGCAGGUGUUCAAAUGCCAGAUCGGAACCAGCGACUCCCCGCUCAACGACAUCAAGGAGAUUCGCAGCAAAGUGGACACUCCGCCCUCAACUAACUGCACCAACGUCUGACUGACUGACUGUGGAUGGUGACAUAAAAAAUUAAUUACUGUCACGCUGAAACUCAAUAUAAAGUCACAGUGACAAAACCAUCAGACAUGAGUGGGUGUGUGGAUUUUCUGAUGUAGGUAAGUAUGGUUGCUUGGAUACAGCUGUACUGUUCCACAUAAGCGCUGUUCAUUAUACCUGGACCAGAGGAGAUAAAGCCAGUGUGGCUGCAAGACAAGCUCCCUCUUUGACCAGUCUCAGUUCCCUGCAUCUCUUCUUUAUCUGAAGUCUUCUUAAAAUCUGGAGUCUGAAACUCAGGAAAAUAAUCCUCUCUCUAAAGUGAAAACUCAUUCUGGUUGUAGACAUUUGUUUCAUAUGUCAUAUCAAAGUAUAAUUACAAGCCAAUGCAUUACAAAGGUGAGGAAAUUGUACUUUCAGACUUCAAAAAUAUAAAAAAUCUCAAUUGGUAGACCUUUUUUUCAGGAAUGCCCAGAGUUGCAUUAUACUGAGUCACAACAUCAUCACCCGCUGAAGUAAAAGGGUUGUUUGAAUGUGUCUUACUGUCUGAAGAACAGUGUUGGAGAUUGCUUAGUAAUGUUAUACAGAACUGUGAUUACUUUCUUAGGACAGUACUCCCUUACUGAUCAUAAUUUUAAAUUCAGUAAUUACACUACAUUUCCUAAUCCGGUCAGUUUGUAUGCCGCUUUGCCAGGGAUAAAAUGAUGGGAAGUGUGUUCAGUGGAGAAACUAGUCUGGGACAGCUUAGCUUGGUUAGCUUGACGAAGGGGCUGAAGGUGUGGGGAGGCAGCUGGUCUCCAUAAAAAAAAAUUGAAAUGCUGCUCCUUUACAUUCGUACAUUCAAACGAUUUACAUGUUGUAAAUUACACUUAAUUAUGUUAUCCACUUCAGAGUUGGAGGGUGUGUGAACAGGACUACAGUGGCGGGUUUCAUAAAGAUAGACUUUGGCUAUGGUUUAGAUAACUAUAGUCAGACCUCAGACAUAUGUCUAAAGUCAUAAAUUCCAUGAGCUGUCCAUCUUCUUGACUAUUUUAAAGAGGACUAAUUUGCCAUUAAUCAUGGGUCUCAGACUAACUUGGCUGACCAAGUCAUGUUUGUGUCACUGACUAAGCAGUGUCACUGUUUCCCACACAAAAAAAACAAAUGACUUGUGUGUCUUCAUUUCCAGAGCUGUACAAUAACAAACCUCACAUCGAGACCAGAAAUAAAAAAAUAAAAAACGUAUCAAAAUUUGCGUUUUAGCUAAGGUAGUGCUGUUUAGUACAGCCCCAAUGAGCGUUUCAGAGUGGUAAAUACUACAUGUAUAAUGUGAAUAUGCAGCACAAGACCCUUGUUUUUCCGCUGUAAUGUGAAUAUACCUUUAGUGGUGAGCUAGGUGGCUUCCUUUGGGUUGUUUUUUGUGAAAACUUUACUAAACUAUUAGAAUAAUACAGGAGAACACACUACGGACAAUAUCUUUGUGCAACUGGCCCUUGGAGUGCAGCGUGCAGUCACUGGGACUAAGCUAGCUGUUGAUAGUCCACAAAUAGCCUGCUGUACCUCCAAACUGUAGGCUGGUUCCUUGUUAAACAAAAACUCCUUUUCCUAUUUCUGCAUGUGCUAAAUAUAGAAGAUGCAAUGAGUGAGUGUGGUGUUUUGUGGGUUGUGGAGGAAAGUCGGAGCAGGGCAAAGCAACAAAAUGAAUGUAUAUUGUAAAUAUAACAUUACAGAUAACAUUUUUCCUACUAAGUCCCUUUCCCAAUACUGUUCACAUUAACAGUCACCAAUGUAAAUAAGAAAACAAACUUCCAUUGUAAUUGCACUGAGUAUGAUUAAAGCCUUUUAAAUAGAUUUAGAUAGAUUGAAAUAUUAUGGAUACUGAGGCUGAUAUUCACAAAUGCCUGUAAAAGCUUCACUCUGUAUUUGGCUGCUAAGUUAACAGUUUUCACAUUGUGCCGUGCUAUAUAUGACUGAGCCAGGCUGGCAUAUAAAUCUCAGUGCUGGUUUUGCACCUUUUCUGGUGGCCACCUUUCAGCUGAUAAGACUGAUUAAGAGAGAGGAGAGAGGAGGAACUAAUCAGUAUAAUCAGCAGACUCUCAUCCUCCCUGUCAGUGAGGAUCUCAGAUGUGAGAGUCAAGGAUUCCCACAGAGCACAGAAGGUGCAGUUGAUGACUUCGCUGACUUAGCGCUGACGGAUGAUGAUCCUCAUUCCUGGCCACACAGGACUGAGGACUUGGCAAAUAGGACAUUUGCAUGGAAAUCUAAUCCAGCGGGAGAAUUGGCGAUUUGCUGGUGAGAUUAUAGUGGACGCAUAGAGCAUAUGUGAAUGAAUGGAAAUUCUGUGGCAAAUGAUACAGAUGCAGAACAUAAAUAGAGUGUUGUUUCCUUCAAAACUCAUAUAAAGAGCCUGUAAACAAAAUAAUAUUUUUUUCAGCUGAAAAUGCAUUGUUUAAUUUUGUAACACUGUAGAUUACAGCCAACCCAUUACAGUAUACGGGUUUCAAUAUAAUACUACUGCACACCAAGACUAACUGUACUGUAGGCCUACACUGUAGUACAGGAGAGGAAGACAAGUAGUCAGAGAAUAGGGGGAUACUAUAUGUUUGAGAAGGACCUUUAGAUUUUUUUUUAUUACAGAGAACCCAUUUAACAUUUUACAGUAAUAUUAUUAGGUAAUAAGGCAGGAAAAAUGGGGAAAACAGUUGAUAGUCUGAUUAUUAUCUGAUUAUUUUAGAUUAUAAUAUAUUUACAAAAGAAAAUACAUUGAGAGAUUACAAUGUAAAAUGUUUAUAAUUAUGGAGUACUUGUGAUUAAUAGUGUACAUUAUUGUUGCUGCUGGGGAACAAAACAUUAGCCUACAUUUUGGAGCUACCUCUGUAGCUAUUAAAAAAAUUAUGUUUGUGUUUUUAAAAUUAUAAUAAAAUACUGGGGAACAUUAAUUUUCGUUUUGGGAUCCAAUGUAGGAACCAUCUGACAAUGUCAUAUCCCUACCAUAACAAACUAUAUUCCAGUUCGUUGACCUAUUCAUAAAUGCAACAAAUGGUAUGUUUAAAAAAAAAAAAACAUACAACAAAUACAAACAUGCAAGAGAAAUUCCAGCUGAGGUAAUGGCCAUUACUUUAUUAUGACAUAACACGUAAAAGCAUUGAAAAUGUGUGAAUUGUAUGUGAAUUGUAAAAUAAAGCAGUUUCUUGUAA